AUGGUCUCUCUCGCCCCCUACGUUCUCAAGAGGCCCUGGCUCUCACGGAUCCUCAAGCCCAUCGCCUCGUGGUAUGUGGGCGCCUCGGGCUACCGCAAGCUCGGUCUGAGAUACGAUGACUUGAUGGAGGAGGAGCGUGAAUCCGUCCAGAUCGCCCUGAAGCGUCUCUCCUCAAAGGAGAGCUACGACCGCAUCUACCGUAUCCGCCGUGCCGUCCAGUGCUCCUACCAGCACAAGCUGCUCCCCAAGUCUGAGUGGACCAAGCCCGAGGAGGACGUCUCCUACCUGCAACACAUCAUCGACCAGGUCGAGGCUGAGAUCGCCGAGAAGGACGCUCUUGACACCGCCUCCGUCAUCAAGAAGCACUAA